UCUCUCUCUCUCUCACUCUUUCUCUCUCUCAAAAUAUAUAUAUAAAUACACAACACACACAUUAAACUUGUUCACUCUCACACACACUUUUAUUUGUGUGUGUCUGUUUCUUCUCUUGUUAUAACUGCUUCUAGUUUGAGUGUUAUAAAAAGUUUUUAUUAUUGAGAUGGAAGAGUUUGUUAUGGAGGAAAAAAUGGUGGGUUUUUCUAAGAAAGAUGCAACAUACAUAGCCAAAGGAAAACGCACUAAGAGGUUAAGAUUUUUGUCUCCUUGUGGUGUUGUUGCUAUGGCAUCUAGUUGUUCAAGUGAUGAGAGCAACAUUGAUCUUGAAGAUGAAGAUGAAGAUGAUGAAGAAGAAGAUUUGGCUAAGUGUUUGAUUCUUCUUGCUCAAGGUGGAAAUCAUAGGGAAGAUGGUGGAGUUGUUGAUGAGAAUAAAAGGGUAAAGGGUAGUCAUGGAAAUAAAAAAAUUGGUGAGACUAGCACAAAACUUGGUUUGUAUAUUUAUGAAUGCAAAACAUGUAACAGAACUUUUCCUUCUUUUCAAGCUUUGGGUGGUCACAGGGCAAGUCACAAAAAACCUAAAAUUAUGGCUGAGGAGAAGAAACCACCAUCACCACCGUCGCAGCAGCCUCGUCCACAGUCUUCAUCACAUGAUUCGCAAUCAGAUAAUCUGGUUGCGAAUAGUGAUGAGUAUGAAGAAGCUGAGAAACCUCGUGGGCCCAUGGUUUCUUUUCAAAUGGGGAAUCAUGGUUUGAAAGCAGCUAUUAAUGGGAACAAGGCCAAGAUUCAUGAGUGUUCCAUUUGUGGUUCAGAGUUCACAUCCGGACAAGCAUUGGGUGGACACAUGAGGAGGCAUAGGGUAUCGGUGGCAAACGCCGCGGCUGUCGCAGCCCCGGAUGAAAGAGUUAGGCCAAGGAAUAUUUUACAAUUGGAUCUUAACCUUCCGGCACCGGAAGAAGAUAUCCGCGAAUCGAAGUUUCAGUUUCCGGCUACACAAAAAUCAAUGGUGAUGGCUGCUGCUCCAGCUUUGGUGGGUUGUCAUUAUUAGGCAAUGGUGGGAUUAAUUGAAAGAAGAGUUUCUAUUUUUAUUUUUAUUUUUGAUUAAUGAUUUAUCAAUGUGAAUUAUUAUAGCAUUAUUUUAAUUUACAAUUAUUCAUAACUAUCCAAUAUUCCUUGAAUUAUUCUUUGGUUUAAUAAUAAUUUUUAUUUUGAUAUA